ACUGUCACCAGUCAGUGUCCCUGUUCACUGCCAUGCCAGUUAUAUGAUGACGCUGUACUGCACUGGUGACAGUCCUCAAUGCAGUGCUGCCAGUCAGUGCCACCAGUCAGUGCCCAGCAGUUGCGCCAGUCAAUGCCUGUCAGUGCCCAGCAGUGAUGCCAGUCAGUGCCACCUAUCAGUGCUGUCUAUCAGUACCAUCAUCAGUGCUGCCUAUCAGUGCCACCUCAUUAGUGCUGCCUAUCAGUGCCCUUCAGUGCUGCCUAUCAGUGCCCAUCAGUGCUGCCUAUUAGUGCUCAUCAGUGCUGCCUCAUCAACGCACAUCAGUGAAGGAGAAAAAUUACCUGUUUGA